AUGGAUUCUCACCAAAAUGCAGUAUUUAUGUCUCCGACUGUUGAAAUGAGCAAAAGCAACUUUAGUGAUACUGCUCUGCGGUUGGAUUGCUUUGGUUAUGGAGGAAGUAAAAGCUCUGUAUUUGGGGGAAAUCAGACUGCUGGCCAUCAUGCAACUACUCCUGAUGACGGCUGCAGGCUGGUGCUUGGCUUGGGGCCUACUCCCAGUACAUAUUCAGAUAAAUUUUGUCAGUUGGGGACUGACAAAAAGAAAGGUGUCACCGCCAUUGUCAGGCAGGGAUUGUCAUCUGACGGGGACUCGCUCAAACUCGGCCUAUCUGCCGCUGGCAGUGAUGAUAAUUCCAAUGUACUUGAGUACUCAGCUUCGGUGCAAAGUAAUUUUAAUACACCUCGUCAGACUAAUCGUGUAUCACCUGAUGGAAGAAAAAUCCUGGUUCCUGUUGUAGAUGAGGGUUCUACAUCAGCAAAGAAGUCAGGUGGCUAUCUGACCACAUUUUUUAUUGGACCAAAAAUUGAUAAUAGUAAGAUGGUGGCACAAACGGAAGAACAGUCGGAACUUGAUACUAACUCUCUCUGUCAUCGUUCUCAGCUGAGUUCUGAGCCGUCUAUUGUCUCUGAUUAUUCAAGAAGCACUAUAUCUGGAUCUACAACAUCAGCUGAUCAUAGAACCAGCAACCCCAAAAGAUGCAAAUUUAUUGGUUGUGCAAAAGGAGCUCGCGGAGCAACCGGCUUUUGUAUUGGUCACGGGGGUGGUCAGAGAUGUCAGAAACUUGGGUGCAGCAAAGGCGCUGAAAGCCGAACUGCCUUCUGCAAAGCCCAUGGUGGAGGGAGGAGAUGCCAGGAACUUGGAUGUACCAAAAGCGCUGAGGGGAAGACCGACUUAUGCAUCGCCCAUGGAGGUGGGAGGCGAUGCAGCUAUGAAGGAGGUUGCACCAAAGCAGCAAGAGGUAAGUCUGGCCUUUGCAUUAGGCAUGGUGGAGGUAAGAGAUGUAAAGUUGAAGGUUGCACUCGUAGUGCUGAGGGCCAGAUCGGUUUGUGCAUCUCUCAUGGCGGUGGGCGCCGUUGCCAAUUCCCCGGUUGCACGAAGGGCGCCCAAGGUAGCACUUCGCUCUGCAAAGCGCACGGUGGUGGAAAACGAUGCAUAUUUGCUGGUUGCACGAAAGGAGCUGAGGGCAGUACUCCCCUGUGCAAAGGUCAUGGAGGUGGGAAACGCUGCCUCUUUGAUGGAGGUGGCAUAUGCCCUAAAAGUGUUCAUGGAGGCACCAACUUCUGUGUGGCACAUGGUGGUGGGAAAAGGUGUUCUGUUGCUGGGUGUACAAAAAGUGCUCGUGGUCGUACGGAUUGCUGUGUGAGGCAUGGUGGGGGGAAGCGUUGUAAAGUCGAAAACUGUGGGAAGAGCGCUCAAGGUAGCACCGACUUCUGCAAGGCUCAUGGUGGUGGAAAGAGGUGCAGCUAUGGAGGGGGAAAAUGUGAAAAAUUUGCUCGAGGGAAAAGCGGGCUGUGUGCUGCCCACACUAGCUUGGUUCAGGGUCAGGAAACAAGCAAAGGAAGUAUGAUCGGACCAGGACUGUUCCACGGGCUCGUAUCUGCUGCAUCUACUGCAAGAAGUAACGUCGAGAGAAGUUAUUCUUCAUGUGGAGCCAGCAUGAUGUCUGGCUCUACUGGCUCUCCCAUUGAGAGACCGGCAAAAAGACAACAGCUUAUACCGCCUCAGGUGUUGGUUCCUUUGUCAAUGAAGGCCUCGUCAUCUCAUCAAGUACCCUCGUGUUCUGAGAAGGAAGCAGAAAGGAAUCCGGGUUUCAGAAUUCCCACAGGUAGCAGCAAUGCUGGAAAGGGAUUGAAUUUAGUACUUACAGAAGGAAGAGUCCAUGGUGGUGGUCUUAUGUCAUUGCUUGGGGGCAACCUGAGGAACGCAACAAUCAACGAGCUCUGA